CCUUCUGAGCUGGCCGGUCGCAGCGACCCGCUUCAACGUUGGAGAAACCUGCACUACAUUUCAUCACCACCGCGCACGUCGAUAGACUUCAGAAGCCUUUCCCCUAGGACGACAUCGAGCCAGGCAGCGAUACGACUGACGUUCCCUACCCUCCGAGCUGUCCGCUGAGUCGGGCAUGCUCAGCGACUCCCGCUCUCCUUCACCGCCAACCUGACAGCGGGUGAUUAACCUUCGCUCUUUUAUCGCCAGUCACGACGUCACGACUUUCUGUUGUUCAUCCUUUGCGUGCUUCUUUAUCGCGAGCGUCUUGGCUUUGAUUAUUCCAGUAUUCCGUCCGACCAGCUGGACUCGAUUCGUUACAUAACCACCCAACAACCUCAUUCGAAGAAUAAAAGAAAAAUAUCAACAACUAUACCGCCAUCAUGUCAAACCAGGGGCUCUCCGAGCCUGGGACGAGUGUGUACUCGUCAGACUCGAUGUAUGUGGGUGAUGGAACGUGGGACUCACAGCGCAACACCUUCCUACUACCGAAUUUACAAGGCUUGAACUUUGAGACUAUGCGCCACAAUGGCAUGGGCAACCGCUUUCGAAACAUGGUCGGGUACAAGGCUAUCAUCACCGCACAUGGUAUUCUGGGCGCCAUUACCUUCCUGCUGGUAAUUCCCGCUGCUAUUUUCAUGGCUCGCUUCUACCACCGGAACCCACGCACAGCAUUGCGAUUCCACAUCUGGCUUCAGAUCCUGGCUGUGCUCCUCUCGACCGCAGCAUUUGUACUCGGGUUCCAGGCGGUUGGACGCGAGAGGUCAUUGUCAAACCCCCAUCAUGGCAUUGGUGUGGCACUCUACACUCUUGUAAUGGUGCAAGCUCUUACCGGCUCUGUGAUACACAGAUUGGAGAAGGGCAAGGAACGGUUUAAGAUCCCUCUCAAACUCAUGAUCCACCAAUGGAUGGGCCGACUCAUCGCACUUUUAGGCAUCAUCCAGGUCCCUCUGGGUCUCACCUUGUUUGGCUCGCCAAAAGUGCUCUUCAUACUCUUCGCCAUAUGGACCUUCAUUCUCAUUGUCUUCUACUUUAUAUUUUCGUACAGAAAUCAGCCUGAAAUGGGAUUCGAUGAUGGUACGACCUAUAUCACCGAGCGCACCGGCAGCACCAGGAGCAGACGAAGCAGAGGCCACGGCCUUGGAGCACUUGCGACUGCAGGAGCCGCGGGCGCAGGCUUAGCUGCAUUGAGACGACGAUCGCGAAGUCGCAGCCGCAGUAGACGCAGUGGCAGCAGACAAGAGGUUCUAAGUACUCGACGCGACUCGCGCUCGCGUAUCAAUGAGUCUCGCUUUACGGAUUCUUACCUAAGUGACGAAAAGUACGCUACCAAUCAAAAGAAAGGGGGCACGUGGAAGAGCCGUCUGUUAGGUGCCGGGGCGGCUGCUGGGGGCAUCUAUGCCAUUAAAUCGCUGUUCAGCCGUAACAAGAAACAUGCUCCGACUGAGACUGGGAGUGAUGUAAGCUACAGUCGUCCGCUGGGCCCAUCUGAGGUCACACAGACGGAUCUUAGCAGAGUUGAAGAAGGGCGAGCGCCAGCAUCCCCAGCGAACAACCGAACUGAUUGGCGCCGCGUCGAAGAGCGGGAAGCCGCUCAAGCAGCAGCAAUGGCGGGAAGUCCCUUGCGACAUGAUCACCGCCCUGCCAGGAGUGGUGUAUCUAUGGAAUCCUUCGACAGCCGAACGAGCUUGAGCUACGAACGCGACACACGGCCUCCUCAUCAUUCGUAUGGACUCAAAGAAGGCAUCGCCACGUUGGGUGUAGUUGGUUUCCUCAAGCACUCCUUCAGCAAACGUAGGAAUAAAAGCGAGGACGCGCAUGUAGAAGAGCUAAGGCAACAAGAUCUGGAGGAGGAAAGAGUGGCUCGAAUGAAUAGUCAACGCCGCAAAUUCACUGGCGACGGCGCUCCUCCGCGGAAGAGCAACAGGCCUCCUUCCACCAUCUUUUCCGAAAGCGAUCUGACGAGUGUAACGCAGUCUGUAGCGCGACCGAACAUACCUCCACCACCACCAAUGGACCCUGGUGUAGGACCGUCGGCACCCCACAGUCGACCACCUGGUAACACAUAUGGUGUACUAUCUGACUCAGGGUCGGAAGCAUAUAAUUCUCCAGGAGGUCGCCAGCAUCACCGCCAUCACAGCGCGGCCCUCGCUGCAGGAGCCGCUGCGACUGGAGUCUCAACGGGUUCCCCGUCCAAAAGAGACCACAGCCAGCGCCGAAGCAGUCGUGAGGGAAGCGUGGCAUCACCUCCCGUGUCGGUCAAGGUCAAAAUGCACAAUGACGGACGGCAUGUAACGCUUCGCCGGCUAAACGAGGAGGAGGCAGCAGCGGAACGAGAAGCUCGAAGAAAGGAUCGACAACGAAGACCUCGCAAUGGAAGUGAGAGUUCGCUCGGUAAUCUGGACGGCGACCGCUGGCGUCGAACUGAAGCUUUGGAAGCAGCGCAGGCGCAAGAGAUGGCACAAUCUACCGUAUCUCCUCUGCCACCGUCUCAGGCUGGUCCCAUCCGCAUGCCUGAACCCGUUAUUCCCACGGCUCGCCCAUCAGGAAGCACGUCGGCGCCAGGGCAUAUACCCCUUCCUCCACCCCCUCCCAUCCCGGGCGUGGGAAGUGUCCUAAGCAGCCCACAGGGCACUCAAGUGUACGGCACGGAGACGGAUGUCAGCAACUACGAUUCGAACAGGCGGCGGCGGAGGGCUGAACGAGCUCAAGCAAAGCAAGCAAGAUUGGGAGGAAGUCGUGUUGAGUUCUCAUAAUGACUGGUAACGACACAAAAGGGAUGCGUGAGUAUGUUUUGAUUUCAGCAUUUGGCAUUGCAUUUUGGGCGCUCUUUGGGUAGGAUGGUUAGACGUUGGUGACGAGAGUGGAUUCGUCAAAGUAGAUAGCUUCAAGCCGUCUUGUAUAAAUAUCAUCGGAUACUUGUCGUUGACUCUCCGCGGAGCGAUGUCAGCUAGCGCUGCGCCUCACCCC